AUGCACUCUAGGAUUGGCGUUCACACAUCGCGAGCGUCGUUGACCCCCGCGGUGCUCACGCUCCAACACCCCACCAUCUUCAGCACCACCGGCAACGACAUCGCGACGGCAGAGAUUUGCGAAGCAACAGCAGGUUCAGCUGGCAUCCCCUGGCUUAAGACUCUGCUCACGGAGGUCCGCGAGCGCGCAUCUACGAGCACGGGAGCGCCUACGACAUUGAAGGCAGCAGGCGCUACAGAACGGUGA